UUCUAUUCUAUUUUAUCUCUCUCUUAAUACUACCUUCUCUAAGAAUUGCUAUGGCUUCUAAGAUGAUCUGUUACAUUUUUUCCCCGAUGAUUUGUGAAUUUGUUUUUUACUCAAGAAUGACAAAUAUCAAGAUGUUCUUGGACACUUUCAGAAAGAUUUUGAAGACUGGGGUGUCCGCGAAGAAUUUGGGUAAGUUUUAACCUAGAACCCUAAUUCAUCUCACAUUGGCCUGCAAAAUAAUUAAUUUUUUGGUCUAAUAAUAUUGAGGAACAAAACUAUAGGGGCGGAAUUUGGUGGUUAUGGAUCAAGAUCCAGAUGCUGAUUGUGUUAACCCUGAAGAAUAGAAAUGGGUUGAAACCUAUGGUUGAUGGGAAUUCUUUGUUGAAUGGUGGUGGAGCGAAAGGUCCUUCCUCUGGGAAAAACAGUACGUCGGGUGGAUCGGGGAGUACGAGUGAUGAUACGAAGGGAGGGUCGGAUUCAAGUUUGAGUGAUUCGGUUGAAACGAAGAAAUCCAAAAGGAAAAACGUGGUUUUGAUUGUAGCUCCCAUUGCUGGUGUUGCGGCUGCUGCUUUUCUGUUGAUUCCGCUUUACGCGUAUUGUUUUAGAAGGACAAAGGAUGGAUUUCAGGCUCCGAGUUCACUUGUGGUUCACCCGAGAGAUCCGUCUGAUUCGGACAGUGCUGUAAAGAUAGCUGUUGUUAAUAAUACCAACGGAAGUGUUUCCACUUUGACAGGGAGCAGGACAGGGAGUAGAAACAGCAGCGCGUUUGGGGAGUCUCAUGUCAUUGAAGCUGGAAAUCUUGUGAUAUCGGUUCAAGUUCUAAGAAACGUGACGAAGAAUUUCACCCCUGAGAAUGAGCUCGGUCGCGGUGGAUUUGGAGUUGUUUAUAAGGGAGAGUUGGACGACGGGACUAAGAUUGCAGUAAAAAGAAUGGAAGCAGGUGUGAUAACCAAUAAAGCCUUGGAUGAAUUUCAAGCUGAAAUCGCAGUUCUGUCGAAAGUUCGACAUCGACAUCUAGUGGCCCUUAUAGGUUAUUCCAUGGAAGGUAACGAGAGGAUUCUAGUGUAUGAGUAUAUGCCACAAGGCGCUCUCAGUCAGCAUCUUUUCCAUUGGAAAAGCCUCGGACUCGAGCCUCUCUCGUGGAAGAGGAGACUCAACAUUGCCUUGGAUGUUGCUAGAGGAAUGGAGUAUCUUCAUACUCUGGCUCAACAGAGCUUCAUUCACAGGGAUCUUAAGUCCUCAAAUAUUUUACUCGCUGAUGAUUUUAGAGCUAAAGUCUUGGAUUUCGGAUUGGUAAAACUCGCACCUAAUGGCGAAAAAUCUGUAGUGACUAAACUUGCUGGGACUUUUGGAUACUUGGCUCCUGAAUAUGCAGUGACAGGAAAAAUCACAACCAAAGUAGAUGUUUUCAGUUUCGGCGUCGUGUUAAUGGAGCUGUUGUCUGGAUUGAUGGCACUCGACGAGGAUAGACCCGAGGAAAGCCAAUACUUAGCAGCAUGGUUCUGGAAUAUAAAAUCCGAUAAGAAUAAACUAAUGGCUGCAAUUGACCCAACUCUCGAAAUAACCGACGAAACAUUCGAGAGCGUCUCAAUUAUCGCAGAGCUAGCCGGCCACUGCACAGCUAGAGAACCAAACCAAAGGCCAGAAAUGGGCCAUGCUGUCAACGUCCUCGCACCACUCGUUGAAAAAUGGAAACCGUUUGACGACGACCCCGACGAGUAUUCCGGCAUCGACUAUAGUCUUCCACUUAACCAAAUGGUGAAGGGUUGGCAGGAGGCGGAAGGAAAAGACACAAGUUAUAUGGACUUAGAAGACAGUAAGAGUAGUAUCCCCGCGAGACCUACUGGAUUUGCGGAUUCUUUUACUUCGGCGGAUGGCCGGUGAAACAAAUGGUUGCUUGUCGCUUUGUUGAAUGUUGCUAUUUUAUUUAUUUACUUUUUUUUAAUCUUUUCUUAGGUGUAGAUAGCAUGCUAUGAUGCUCUUUCUGUCUAAAAAAAUGCUAAGGCAAAAUGUGAGAAUGCUUGUAAUUUCUACUAUGUGUUACAUUGAAGUGUUAAUGGUUGUAGAUAGUGGAGAAACAAUCAAUGAGAAUGCUUGUAAUUUGUUCAUUCA